AUGGCUGCACCCACUGCCAUCAAGAACCUUCCCACUAAAAAUCCUGAAAUACCAGGUCCUGUCGCUGACGAAGACGAGAUAUUGAUCGAUGCGUCUUCUGUUCCAACCCAAGACGAAGAAAAUGAAAAAUCAUCCAAAUCUAUUGUACCAGAAUCAAUGAUAUUAGAUGAAUCUGGAAAGCCUAAAUUCUCCGCUGCUUCAAGGGCCGGUAUGAAGGUGAAGCUCGAAAGUAGAAAAGUCCCAGUUCCUCCUCACAGAAUGUCACCUUUGAAGAACACCUGGCCCAAGAUUUAUCCUCCAUUGGUGGACCACUUGAAGUUACAAGUAAGAAUGAACUUAAAGACCAGAACAAUUGAGUUGAAGACAAAUAAGAAUACUACGGAUGUUGGAGCCUUGCAGAAGGGAGCGGACUUCGUCAAGGCCUUCACCUUGGGGUUCGAUGUAGACGAUGCCAUUGCCUUAUUAAGAUUGGAUGACUUAUAUAUCGAAACAUUUGAAAUAAAGGAUGUUAAGACCUUGACUGGGGACCAUUUGUCCAGAGCUAUUGGUCGUAUCGCUGGUAAGGAUGGUAAGACCAAGUUUGCCAUUGAAAAUGCCACCAGAACCAGAAUUGUUCUUGCAGACUCAAAGAUCCACAUUCUUGGUGGAUUCACACACAUUAGAAUGGCCAGAGAAGCCGUUGUGAGUUUGAUCUUAGGUUCUCCACCGGGUAAGGUUUACGGUAAUUUACGUACUGUUGCAUCAAGAAUGAAGGAACGUUACUAG